GAUAAUCGUCCAGUAGGGAAAAACGGGCAAAACGUCGAUACGCUCACAGCCUCCCUUUACGGCGACUAUUCCAGUCUACUGAAUCUGUUCGUUGCAAAAUAUUGUCAUCCUCGAGGAAUUUUUGCAGCAGACUCACGAAGCUAAUUCAAAAUGGGUAACGAAAGCUCGCUACCGAUGGAACUUUGUUCAAACUUUGAUGCUGACGAAAUUAGAAGACUUGGGAAAAGAUUUCGAAAGUUAGAUCUGGAUAACAGCGGAGCCCUUAGUAUUGACGAAUUUAUGUCUUUACCUGAAUUACAACAGAAUCCACUGGUACAACGUGUCAUUGACAUAUUUGACGCUGACGGCAAUGGAGAAGUAGAUUUUAAGGAGUUCAUUCACGGAGUAUCUCAAUUCAGUGUUAAGGGUGAUAAAGAGAGUAAACUGCGAUUUGCAUUUAGAAUUUAUGAUAUGGAUAACGAUGGUUACAUAAGCAACGGGGAGUUGUUCCAAGUGCUGAAAAUGAUGGUAGGCAAUAACUUGAAAGAUACGCAACUGCAGCAGAUUGUCGACAAAACAAUAUUGUUUGCCGAUAAAGAUGAAGAUGGUAGAAUUAGCUUUGAAGAAUUUUGUUCUGUUGUUGGUAAUACAGAUAUUCAUAAGAAAAUGGUAGUUGAUGUCUAAGUGAUCCAAGUUUGUGAAAAACUCUUGAUUUACAAAACAUGGUACGUUAAUUGAGAUCUAUAAAUUAAUAAUCUAUUAAUAACAGAUUUAUGGGAUAGUUCUAUAACGACGAUCUGUUUAGAAUGAACUCACGCAAUUAUUGUUCUUAAGCCUUUGUCAUUACAAGUCUAUGAAAGCAGAAUGUUUACAUAUGGUAUGCUAGUCCAGUGUACGGCGCACAUACAUUAAACGAACCGAUGAUACCGAUCGUUUUGCUACUGUGCGUGUAAAAAGCGUUACGGAACGAAUCAAACCAUCUUGUGUGUUCCUUCAAGAAUAAAGAUCAACGAGGAUCUUGAAUGAUCACAACGUUUGACUGGCAUCUUAAGUUUAAUAUACUAUAUACAGUUUCCAAAAUUUUCUUCGACGACUCGUAGGAAAGUUAGUGUCUUUGUGCGUCUAUCCAAACAAAUGUUUAGACAUGGACGCGCUCUUGAUUUACUUCUUCCACCUUAACAAAUCUCAGUGGGAAAGCACGAAAGUAAAAUCAAAUCUCGCAUUAUCGAUACAACCAUGCCAUAAUUUAUCAUGUUUCUUUCAUUGUUCAGAAAUUGUUAAUGUUGUCCUUAAUAACAUUGAUAACGUUAAAAAGAAAAUAUAUCAUCCAACAGCCCGAACGUCUCUCUCUUUCUCAAGGCUGUUAUUGUCUCAAACCAUUAAUAUUUUAGAAAACCUACAAAGUUAGAUAAUUCAAUUUUUCAUAUAUGUAUUAUAUAUAUAUGUUUACAAUAAACAAUUACAAAUAGUGCAAUCAGAAGAGAUGCUGGAGUACAUUUUACGGGAAUUAAAGAGUAUUAUUUAUUGAGCUGCAGAUCUGCUUAUGUGUGUGUGUGUGUGUGUGCUUAGCCUUUGCGUAUAUAAAACUUCUCUGUAUAAGCUACGUACUGACACACAUGGGAUGUUUGUAAUUUUCGAAAAAGUGUACCGUCUAUUUAUUUAGAUAUUUAUUUAUUAUACGACUAUUAAAGUAAUAAUUUAUCAUUACAAAACACUAAGAGAUAUUUAUGGAACAGAUAUGUUUAUUUUAUCAUUGUUAAUUGUUUCUAUGUAUAUAUACUUACAUGUUACAUGAUCUGAUCAUAUGUCUAAAAAGAUUAAAGUUUAAAAUUG